AUGAAAAAGAAAUUUUUUAUACUGAGAGGAGAAUCGUCGGAUGCGUCUGCCAGGUUGGAAUAUUACGACAGCGAAAAAAAAUGGAGAAAUUCUCAACCGCCUAAAAGAACCAUAUCAUUGAAAACGUGUUUCAACAUAAACAGGAGGAAGGACACGAAACACAAAUACGUCAUCGCCCUGUACACGAAAGAUGAUUGUUUCUGCAUUGUUUUGGAUUCGGAAGAAGAUCUUCAGGAGUGGUUGAGAGUUUUAUUGAAAUUACAAACGGGAGAAGAAUGCGUGGACGGAGAACAGCCCAAACCAAAUUUCGAGCACGUGUGGAAGGUGACGCUGCAAGAAAAGGGAUUAGGAGAUUCGAAAAACUUGGUCGGUCCUUACCACGUUUGCCUAACGGAUCAAACUCUGACGUUGGUUAAAAUAACGGAAGACGACGCGAAACCGGAAACGUUGGAAUUCCCAUUGAUAUACAUACGGAGUUGCGGUGUGACGGGAAGUUUUUUUUACAUUGAAGUCGGUCGUCAAACCGUGACCGGAGCGGGAGCCCUUUGGAUGCUCACGGAAGAUGCCAACAUAGCCAAGAACAUGAACGAAGUCAUAUUCAGCGCUUUUAGCGUUCAGCAAAAAAAUCAAAAGGAUUCGAAUCCGCACAGGAAGAGGUCGUCGUCUGCGACGGAGUCUUCAAAGCCCACGUCGAUACUGCAGAGGCGUCAAACUCACGGUCCGACCAAACCCAUUGUGUCCAGCGGUUAUUCGGACAAACGAACAAACAAACAAACAAACAAACAAACAAAUUACACGUUUUGUUAUUUAUUUAUUUUAUUUUCGUACGACGAUUUGCCCAUUUACGAUUCGAAAAGAAUCGAUUAA